AUGAAAAUUUAUUUGUAUACUUUAUUCUUCCUAUUUAGAUUGUACAUAAAAUGUACAAGUGUACAAGGAAGUCAUUUAUUACACGAUACAGAUGGCACAUUUUCUAGUGGUCAAGGAGGACACGCAGUGGGACAUUCAUUGGGUGAUACAGGUAUAAAAGCUAUGGUAAUAACUGAAGAUGUCUUACAUAAAGGCGAUGGUAAAGCAUAUACAUCUAUACCAGCUCUAUCUAAUGCACUACAGACAGGUACUGCAAAAAGUGUUGAUCAACAAAUUGUCGAGAUGCAAGUGGGUGCACUUGAAUCUGAAAAAGAAAGCCUUAGUGCAAAGCACGAAGCAUCAGUUUUGAAAGAAAAAUUAAAACGAUUAGAAGCUAAAGAAAAACGAGCAAAGGCUGAUCUGCUAGCAAAACAAAAAGCCGAAAUUGACGUAAUUUUACACUCACCAAAAGAGGAAUUAGUAAAAGAUAUAAUGCCUAUAAUUGCAGUCACCCCGCACUCACUUGGUUUUGUUGAACAUGACAAACUUGAAUUACAGAGAUUAAAUGACCUUCGUUUGGCCGCACUAAAUGAAGGCGAAAUGCAAAAAAGAAAUGCGCUUUUACAUGAGCGACCUGACAGCGAGAGUCCAAUAGAUAAUUUGGCAAGUGAUCCUUCACUUAUACAAAAAUUUUAUGAAAAUGCGCCAGUAAAUAAAAAGUCAGCAGUUGUUGAUCCAACUAAAGGAAAGUUUUCUAUUAUAAAUGAUAGUAGCAGAUAUACAGAAGGAUGGGAUGGACAUAACCGAACAGGGCCGUCUGAACUUAACGAUCACAAUGCAUUGCAUUCAAAUUACAACACAUCUACAGAUUCAGGUAAAGAAAAUGGUGCUUCUCUUGAUCAUCCCGAUGGCGGUCAUGCAUAUUCUAAUAAAUCAGAUACUCAGCCUGAAAUUCCGCCUUCUACUUCUGAAACUAGUGGAUUAUCAAGAUUAAGGCAGCUUUUAAAUUCGGGGUCUAGGUACGGCAGUUGGUUUUAA